AUGGAACAGUAUGAAAAUUAUGAAGAAAUAAAAGUUUUAAGUAAUGACGUUCAGACGUCUAUAAUUCAAGGAGAAAAACUUACAAAUAAAUUUAGGAACAGAGGAUUGACACGAGAUAAACGAGCAACUAUAAAUUCUGUUUUAGAUAAUAGAACAUUAAUUAUUUUAAGAAAAUUAAAAGAAAAUGUUUAUAAUGACAUAUAUGGUGUUAUUAGUUCGGGGAAAGAAGCUUAUGUAUUUAAUGCUAUAAAAUAUAUUAAUGAUGAGGAAUUAAAUUCUUUGAAAAAUAUAUUUAUAAAACACUUGGAAAAAUAUAAAAAUAAUAUAAAUAUAAAAAUAAAUAAUAAUGAAAAUAUGAUUUAUAACCAAAUGGAAAAUAUACAUGAUCAGUGUAGUGAUGUUCAUAAUUAUAUGUCUCAAGAUUCUGAACGUGACAUAAAUAAUUAUGAACAAAGCGAAGAUACCCAUUUUUACAAUAAUGAUAAAUAUUACAAUGGAUUUUUUAAUAAAAAUAAAAAUAAUAAAGGUGAUCAAAGUGGAGAUGAUACAAAUAAUGAUAUAUAUAAUGAUAUAUAUAAUGAUAUAUAUAAUGAUAUAUAUGAUGAUUUAUAUAACGAUAUAUAUAACGAUAUAUAUAAUGAUGAUGAUGAAAAACAAAACUUUAGUAAAAGAGAAGAUACCGUAUUAGAAGAAAAAAACAAAUCCAACAAUACAUAUGAACAAACUUUUGAUAUAAUAAAAGAAAUGAAUGAUAUAAGUUUUUAUGAUAAUAAAAAAAGUCAAAUAUCACAUAUAAUAAAUAUAUUAGAUAAAACAAAAGAAAAAAAAGGUAUAGCAUUAGCAACAAAAGUAUAUAAUACCUCUAUUUUGGUUUUUAAAAAAAGAUCUCAAUAUAUUGAAGGUGAAUUUAGAUUUAGAAAUGCAUAUACAAAAAAUACGAAUCCAAGAAAAAUGGUUAAACAAUGGGCAGAAAAAGAAUUUAGAAAUUUAAGAAGAAUUUUAAUAUGUGGAUUAAGAUGUCCAUAUCCAUUAGUAUUAAGAAGUAAUGUUAUUGUAAUGAGUAUGAUUGGUUAUAUAGAUAAUGCAUGCCCUAAAAUGAAAGAUCUAAAUUUUGAUAUAUUAAAAUGGAAAGAAUUAUAUAUUGAAUGCAUAUGUAUAUUAAGAUUUUUAUUUUUUAAUUGUAAAUUAGUACAUGCAGAUUUCUCAGAAUAUAAUUUACUGUACUUUUGUAAUCAUAUAUAUAUAAUCGAUGUUUCUCAAUCCAUGGAACAUGACCAUCCAUAUUCCUUGGAAUUCUUAAAAAGGGAUUGUCUAAAUAUUACCAACUUUUUUAAAAAAAAAAUUGGUACCAUUGUGCAACAAACACAACCUACGAAUUUGUACACUCAAAGGAAUGAACAGAAUGUGGAAAAUAAGACAAAUGUGGAUAUUAACAGGGUACAAACAAAUUAUACAAAUGAACAUGUUGAAGGUUAUAAUGUUGAAGGUUAUAAUGUUGAAGGUUAUAAUGUUGAAGGUCAUAAUGUUGAAGGUUAUAAUGUUGAAGGUUAUAAUGUUGAAGGUCAUAAUGUUGAAGGUCAUAAUGUUGAAGGUCAUAAUGUUGAAGGUCAUAAUGUUGAAGGUUAUGAUGAUACAAAUACAAUCGAUGACAAAACUAGCCACCUUUUACCACAAAAGGACUUCUCCAAAUUAUUAGAUGUACCAGAUGCAGGAUUUUAUGAGAAUGUAGAAAUAUUGCCUUUAAAAGUUUUAUUUGAUUUUAUUGUAUCAUCAUCAUUACCUGAUGAUAUUGUAUAUUUUAUUGAAAAUGAUAAAAAGAAAAUUUCUUUAAACCCGUAUGAAAUAAUUUACUUACAAAUCUUUGGUUUAAUAAAAAAUACAACUCCUAUACCCAAAUUAAAUUUAAAAAAAAUACAAAAAAAUAGAAUUUAUUUUGAAAAAUUGAAGAGAGCUACAUGUUACUAUGUAACCAAGUUUACCAAUGAGAAAAAAAAAAAAUUAGAAAAAUAUUCGAAAAAACAUUCACAAAAAUAUGCACAUAAAGAUGAGGUAGAAGAACAAGUCUUUUUGAGUUCCUGGAUCCCAUCAUAUUUAAAUGAAAUAAAAGAUAUACGAACUAUUGAAAAAGAUUUAAAACUUUUAAAAAAAGGAAAAUCUAUUGUUAAUAAUUUUAUAUCCAAUCAAAACAAUGAUCAUAAAUACCAAAAUAACACAAAAGAAGAAGAUCCAAAAAACAAAAAAAAAGAACAAAACAAAGAACAAAACAAAGAACAAAACAAAGAACAAAAAGAAAUAUACAAUAAAAACGAGGUGCACAUUGAUUCACAUAUAUUUUAUGAAGAAAGAAAUCAAAUGGAUGUAAAUAAAAUAAACGAUACCUUACAUAUAUCAAAUGAACACAGUUUUGAAGAAAAUAUAAAACAAUAUGAUCAUGAAUAUAAAGAAACGCACCAAGAAGAAAUAAUCAUUGAACAAGAUAAGAAUGAAGAAAAUGAAAUUAUGUCUAAUUCCAAUACACUCUUAAAUAUUAUACAAACAAAUUCAUGUGACCAUUUAUCAAAUUCAGUAGAUUCAGAUACGUCAAAUAUUGAUGAUGAAUCUGAUUCAUGUGAACAAAAUGAGGACGAAGAAAACUAUUCUAGCGUACAUGAGCAAGAAGAAGUAAAAUUUAAGGGUAUAAUUCCUGAUGGUAUUACAAGAAAAGAAUGGUGUAAAUUAGUAAAAGAACAAAAUAGAGAAAAAAGAAAACAUAAAAUACCAAAAUAUCAAAAGAAAAAAAAAAAAAAAAAAACUCACAUAAAAAAAAAAAAAUAA